GCGUUCCAUAUUUGCCCCAGUGAAAGGUGUGGGAGCGAAUCGAUGCGUGUGUGGCAACCGCGUACACUGUCGAGUUUACCCAGCCUGUUCAGUCACUGUUACGCCACCAACCAGUAAAGUGCUACGCGAUGGGUAACAAAGUGGUCACAUUUACCGACCAGCAGCUGGAGGACUAUCAGGAUUGUACGUUUUUCACGCGCAAGGAAAUAUUACGUGUGCAUCAACGGUUCUACGAGGCCAGUCCGGAUCUGGUGCCGGUGAUUAUGACCGAGGGCCAAGCGUCCACGAUACAGGUGCCGCGGGAACGUAUCGAACGGUUGCCGGAAUUGGUGGAAAACCCGUUCAAGGGACGUAUGUGUGAAGCAUUUUCGCGCGAUGGCGACGGUAAUCUCACGUUCGAGGACUUUCUCGAUCUGCUGUCCGUCUUUAGUGAGCAGGCACCGCGCGACAUUAAAGUGUACUAUGCAUUCAAGAUUUACGACUACGAUCGUGAUGGGUUCAUUGGGCAGUCGGAUUUGCUGAACGUGAUUACGGCUCUCACGCGCAACGAGCUAUCCCUGGAGGAACAUCAGCAGAUAGCGGAGAAAGUGAUCGAAGAGGCGGACGUCGAUGGGGACGGCAAGUUGUCCUAUUUGGAGUUCGAGCACGUGAUAACGCGAGCGCCUGAUUUUAUAUCUACAUUUCAUAUACGCAUAUAAAACGUCCUGGUUAGUUUGAAUAUAAUAAUUACUUUAGUAAUUCUGUUGUUCUUGUCUAAAUUACAAGGCCGUGUUAAUUAUUGUUGGAUUAUUUU